UUUGCAGUACUGCAGCCUAUCUUCUUGGAGUCCUGGUGGAAAGAGAGGAGGUUGUGCAGCAGCUGCAGGCCAUGGGUCCAAAGGGCAGCAACAGCCUUGGUUGGAACUCUAGGGCAACUCCUAACCAGAGAUGAUCCAUACAUUGUGAUGAAUGCUGCUGGUGCCUUAGCCUCUUUGGUGUGUGUGAGAGAGAGCGGUGUGUGUGAAAGUGUAUGUGUGGGGCAGCCUUACCAGUAACCAUCUCUGUCUUGAAUCAUCCCUCUCGCUCAGGCUAAGUGCUCGGCUGGGCGUGGGUGGCUACUGAGAGACCAGGCUGUGUUUGGGCAGGUCUUGACCAGCCUGUUGACACUGCUGGACCAGGGACGGGAGAACACGGUCAACUCUGCUGCCCUGAUCCUGGCCAGGCUGUCCCUGUGUGAGGUGGCCUGCCAAGGCUUGUUAUGCCACCCCUCAGUACCUUAAGCCGCCUGGCACAAAGCCACAUAGGUCAGAGACAAGGACACGGUGGGAUAAGGUCUUGUUUGGCAAAACACAGCGCUGCCAUGGCACUGCGCUAUUGAAAAAGUGUUUGCCCCCUUCCUGAUUUGUUAUUUGUUUGCAUGUUUGUCACACUUAAAUGUUUCAGAUCAUCAAACAAAUUUAAAUAUUAGUCAAAGAUAACACAAGUAAACACAAAAUGCAGUUUUGAAAUGAAGGUUGUUAUGGUUAAGGGAAAACAAAAUCCAAACCUACAUGGCCCUGUGUGAGAAAAGUGUUUGCCCCCCCCCCCGUUAUAACACAACUCAACUGUGGUUUAUCACACCUGAGUUCAAUUCCUCUAGCCACACCCAGGCCUGAUUACUGCCACACCUGUUCUCAAUCAAGGAAUCACUUAAAUAGGACCUGCCUGACAAAGUGAAGUAGACCAAAAGAUCCUCAAAAGCUAGACAUCAUGCCGAGAGCCAAAGAAAUUCAGGAACAAAUGAGAACGAAAGUAAUUGAGAUCCAUCAGUCUGGAAAAGGUUAUAAAGCCAUUUCUAAAGCUUUGGGACUCCAGCGAACCACAGUGAGAGCCAUUAUCCACAAAUGACGAAAACAUGGAACAGUGGUGAACCUUCCCAGGAGUGGCCGGCCGACCAAAAUUACCCCAAGAGCGCAGCGACGACUCAUCCAAGAGGUCACAAAAGACCCCACAACAACAUCCAAAGAGCUGCAGGCCUCACUUGCCACAGUUAAGGUCAGUGUUCAUGACUUCACCAUAAGAAAGAGAUAGGGAAAAAAUGGCCUGCAUGGCAGAGUUCCAAGACGAAAACCACUGCUGAGCAAAAAUAACAUUAAGGCUCGUCUCGUUUUUGCAGGAAAACAUCUUGAUGAUCCCCAAGACCUUUGGGAAAAUACUCUGUGGACUGACGAGACAAAAGUUGAACUUUUUGGAAGGUGUGUCCCCCAUUACAUCUGGCGUAAAAGUAACACCGCAUUUCAGAAAAAGAACAUCAUACCAACAGUAAAAUAUGGUGGUGGUAGUGUGAUGGUCUGGGCCUGUUUUGCUGCUUCAGGACCUGGAAGACUUGCUGUGAUAAAUGGAACCAUGAAUUCUGCUGUCUACCAAAAAAUCCUGAAGGAGAAUGUUCGGCCAUCUGUUCGUGACCUCAAACUGAAGCGAACUUGGGUUCUGCAGCAGGACAAUGAUCCAAAACACACCAGCAAGUCCACCUCUGAAUGGCUGAAGAAAAACAAAAUGAAGACUUUGGAGUGGCCUAGUAAAGUCCUGACCUGAAUCCUAUUGAGAUGCUGUGGCAUGACCUUAAAAAGGCAGUUCAUGCUCUCAAACCCUCCAAUGUGGCUGAAUUACAACAAUUCUGCAAAGAUGAGUGGGCCAAAAUUCCUCCACAGCGCUGUAAAAGACUCAUUGCAAGUUAUCGCAAAUGCUUGAUUGCAGUUGUUGCUGCUAAGGGUGGCCCAACCAGUUAUUAGGUUGUAGGGGGCAAUCACUUUUUCACACAGGGCCAUGUGGGUUUGGAUUUUGUUUUCCCUUAAUAAUAACAACCUUCAUUUCAAAACUGCAUUUUACGUUUACAUUUUAGUCAUUUAGCAGACGCUCUUAUCCAGAGCGACUUACAGUUAGUGAGUGCAUACAUUUUCAUACUGUUAUCUUUGACUAAUAUUUAAAUCUGUUUGAUGAUCUGAAACAUUUAAGUGUGGCAAACAAAUAAGAAAUCAGGAAGGGGGCAAACACUUUUUCACACCACUGUAUGUACGUCACUCACUCCUCCAUUUGACACCCUAGGGCCUAAUUCUGUCAUCAAGUAGAGUUAUUAGUCUCAGUGUCACUGUACCAUCAGAGAACAUGGAAAAUGUUUCACAAUCUAUCGUAGUGUAGCCAGAUGGGUACCUGGCUGAAGCACACCCCCUCACCCUUUCCUCCCUCUCUCGGUCUCAUAGGGCAGUGAAUGUAUUGUCAUGACCAGCUGGAGUGUUACACGUGAGAGAGCACGGGUCUCUCCAGUAGCGACUGAAAGUUGUCUCAUUACGGUACUCUCUGGAACAUUUCUGUUGAACCAGGUUACUCCAACGUACCUGGAAUGCCAUGUAUGCUUGGUUGAUCAGUUAUUACAUAGCCUAUAGAUAGUUUUUCAAGCUAAUAUCAAUAGGAUGUCUUUUACUAUAUCAAUCAUAUUACUAUAUAGAAGUUUGAUUAUAUAUCCAUUACCAGUUAUCAAUUAUUGGUGGUAUAACUACAUUAAAAUGACAAUAGCAUACUCUUUUCAAUAGGGAUAAACAACACCUCAACCAAUGAAAUGUACAUGUAUUUAUUGCAUUUAUUACAUGUCUCAAUCAGUGGAGGCUGCUGAGGGGAGGACGGCUCAUAAUAAUGUCUGGAACGGCGCAAAUGGAAUGGCAUCAAGCACAUGGAAACCAUGUAUUUGAUACCAUUCCGCUCCAUCCAUUACCACGAGCCCGUCCUCCCCAAUUAAGGUACCACCAACCUGUGGUCUCAAUCCCUUUCUGACUCUCUCCUCCAGUCUCUCUCCAGCUCUCCCUCCAUUGGCCAGGAGCUCAGGGAGGAAGUGAACUAAUGUCUUAGGAACCUGCAGCUGCUUUCCAAGCCGUUGCCCCUGAAAACGAGACGCCUCCCAUUGGGGGUCUGCACUGUGUCCUAGGAGAAGUGUUUCCCUGAGAGUGGCCUAGAGGUCACCUACAGGUCAGCUGACUGCAGGAACGUUAAGGAGUUUUAUUAUAGGGACCUUUUCACCAAAUAUACUCAUGCCAAGGCUCAUAAUAUUCUUAGAGAAAACGUAAAAGAAAAGAGAAAAGUUGUUUCAUGGACAAGCAACAUUGUAUCCUUCAAUGUAGAAGGGUAUCAUUGUAUAAGCAGUUGACUGAUACUCUUUUUCGGUCCCCAGCCUUCUGGACAGAGAGACAGUUCUGUAUCGUGGAACCCUAAGUCAUGUGACCUUGCCUGUAUUUAUCCUCAAACCUGGACAUGAACUCUCACUCAGACUACUCCACUCCAUCUCUGAUGGGGGCACCAGCACCUGCAGCGACCCCGUGCUAUUGGCCAUAGAAUCAGAGGGGGAGGGACAAGGCCCGGUCAUCCACAGGAGCUGCGUUUGAUUGGAUGCACAGCGUCUCAUGUGCGACUGAGUUGGGUUUUCACCAGCGGGCGAGCUGAAGCCCAAGAUGUAUCAACUGUAUCGUGUUGAAACACUAAUAGAGCUGUGGUAAGUUAUGCUACAGCAAUCAAUACAGCAGCCUUAAACGUUUACCAUAACACCAAAUGUAUUUUGUACAAUUAUCUUUGUUAAGGCUGUAGUGGGUGGUCUGUCCCCAGGAACCCUGUACCAGCUGGGUGUGUGUGCAGUGGGGCCUGGGGAAGAGGUUGGCCCGUGUGCAGAGGUGGAGGUCCGUACAGCCGAGGACAAAGGACCACGCACCCAGCGGCCUGACCAUGGUGGUGCUGGGUAGGCAUGAGCUCCAGAUCAUGUGGGGGGCUCCCCUGGUGCCCCUGGGUUGCCUGUUCCACUAUGAGCUGAGGCUGAAUGGCCAUGUUGCCUACCUGGGCACAGAGCGUGCUCACAUUGUCCGCCGCCUUGCCACCAACACAGCCUACACCUGUACUGUAACAGCCAUCACCUCCAAAGGGCGCUGUCAGAGCCGGCCCAUCACCAAGAGGACCGCCUGUGACGAGUACCCACACACAGAGGUGACAGGAGGAAUCAGAUUGUGUGUAACGUAGCUUAUGUGGCUGAAUCUAUGCAUUAGGAGGGGGAACUUCAAUCUAGUGUUCAAUAUACAGUGCUGCUCUUGCCACUGUGUAAGCGGUAACCCUAGCCACAGUGUUCUUACAUUCUGUCUGUCUGUCUCCCUAUCAGGUGUCUAUACUCCUCCAGCCGCCAGCCACCUCCUCAGACUCCUUCAUCACCCCCAUCAGUCACGGAGGCAACAGAGGUCAGACG